ACAACAACACAAAAAAAAAAAACACAGUAGAAGCAUUUGAUCCCACAAGCCUCACAGUAUGCCACCGGAGACAACCUCGGAGCGGUCGGAGUCUGACGUCAGCAGCGCUAUCUUUAAGGAUACGGAGCUCACCUUAGGAUUACCUGGCGAGGCUCGUUCUCCGGCUCUCGCCGGAAGCAGGAACUGCACGAAACGUGGAUUCAUCGAGACGGUGGAUCUUAACCUGGGGAGCUCUACCAGCAAGCCGCGUGGCAAAACUCUUGCUGACGAGGAUGACAACUCGGAGAAUAUCGUCACCGGUGCCGGGAAAGCCCCAGCUGCAAAGGCACAAGUGGUUGGUUGGCCACCGGUCAGAUCGUUUAGAAAGAAGGCGUUGGAGGGCUCCAAGUACGUGAAAGUAGCCGUUGAUGGAGCGCCAUAUUUGCGUAAAGUGGACCUGGAGACGUACGAUAGCUAUCAGGAGCUACUCAAAGCUUUUGAGAAAAUGUUCACUUGCUUCACUAUCCGCGACAAUUAUCUUGGGGAGAGGAAGGUUGUGGAUCCAAUGAAGGAAAUGGAAUAUGUGCCAACGUACGAAGACAAAGACGGUGACUGGAUGCUCGUUGGAGACGUCCCUUGGAAAAUGUUCAGAGAAUCAUGCAAGCGUAUUCACUUGAAGAAAAGCUCAGAGGCUGUAGGAUUAGCUCCUAGAAGUACUCUUCCUCCAAGCACAACUUGAAAAGCAAGCAACAAAGAAGAAGAUUGGAUGGAAAGAAAGUAGGUAGAAUAGAGAUUAACCCCAUUUUCCUGGUUGGGGAAUGAGUGAAUCAAGGGUAGAAGAAUAAGAAAGAGACUUAUUUUAUUUUUUUAUUUUAUUUUUUUUACUUUAGUGAUAACUGAUAUGUGCUUUCUUGUAAUAUAUGUACUUUUUAGUGUUA